AUGUCCAGUAAAAUUAUUCUCUUAAAUGGUUGUUCUUCCGCAGGAAAAAGUUCUAUUUCCGAAAAAAUUAUGGAGUUAAGGUUUGGUGAAAGAAGUAAUGAAGGAUUACAAUUUAUUCUUGGGCGUAAUAAGCAAGGGCUUCCUGUUAAUGAAGUGAAAAUUAAUUCUUAUGGUGAAAAACUCUUUGAUUCAAUGCCGAGAGUAUUUAAACAAUUAGCGAAUGAUGGACAUAAUCUUAUCAUCGAGGAGGUUAUAUUAGAGAAAAAUUAUUUAGAAAAUUAUAAGGAUAAUUUAAAAAAUUAUCAAGUCUAUUUUGUAAAAGUAAACUGUGAACUAACUAUUUUAGAAAACAGAGAAAAAUCGAGAGGGGAUCGCAUUAUAGGAACAAAUCGUGCUCAAUAUGCAAAAAUGAAAGGUUUGAGUUGGGAAUAUGAUCUUGAAGUUGAUAAUAGUUUGACUAGUGCUUUGGAGAAUGCCCAAAAGGUUUUAGAAUUAGUGAAUGAAAAAAACGAAGAGCCAUAUUUAACUUUUGGCAUCGAUGCAAUUUUGGAAGCCAUGCCUGACAAGUAUUUUGGUUUUGGUAAGCAAGCCGAAUUAGGUUUUCAAUUUGUAUCCAGCCUUGAUGAACAAGGAUUUCCGAUUACCGAAGUUAAAAUUGGGUCUUACGGCAAACUGGUUAGUAGUUCAGUUCCUAAAAUGGUUAAACAAUUAGUCGAUGAUGGAUAUAAUCUUAUAAUUGAUGAAGUGGACUGUGAAUUAUCUCUUAUGGAAGAAAGGGAAAUACUUCGUGGGACCGUGUUUUGGAAUAAUCCGAGUUGGAAGAGUAUUAUUUUGCAAGCUUUGGUUAAUUAUCGCGGGCAACUGUUAGUUGUUUUUAACAAAGAAAACAAUAAUAAUUUUUCUGAAAAGACUAAUUUUGUUGGGGCGUUGGGAAAAAUUAGUUUAGAGGUUUUUGAAGCGGGCAGUUUUGAACAAAUUAUUAGUUCGUGUAAAGAAAUUAAAUUAAAAGAUGAAAAAGCACUAGAUGAGUUAACUGAAAAAUUUAUCCGUCAUUUUUCCAAUAUUCUUGAAAAAACUAAGUUAGGUACAGUCGAAAAAUUUCCUUAUAUGACCAUGAUGAGAGGAAAUAUUAAAAGAUUAGAAUUGCUGAUUAAUUUACCGGAUCGACGAAAGAUUGAAAGUGAUAUUGAAAAAGAUACACGAGAGCGAAUCAAUAACCAACAAGAAGAAUAUUUUUUGCGGGAAAAACUAAAAGCUAUUGAAAAAAGGUUACGAAGUAAAAAGGGUGGCGAAGGAGGCGAGAUGAAUAAAUAUUUGGAUCGAUUAGAAAAAUUUCCUUAUCCUGAUUAUGUUAAAAAAGUAGUUCAAGAAGAAAUUGAACGCUAUGAUUCAAUGCCGAAGCGGAAAGAAGAAAUCAGGGAUUUGAAAUUUGCUCAACAAAAACUCGAUGAGAAUCAUUUUGGUUUGUCUGAGAUAAAAGGAAAAAUUAUUGAAUAUUUAGCGGCUCAACAAAAGGCUGGUAAACCGCUGAAUCAAGUUAUUUGUUUAGUUGGGCCGCCGGGAGUGGGAAAGACUUCUCUCGCAAGUUCGAUCGCGGAAGCAAUGGGAAGGAAGUUCGUGAGCAUUUCUCUAGGAGGCACCCGGGAUGUUGCGGAAAUCAGUGGACACCGUCGUACUUACAUUGGAGCUAUGCCGGGAAAAAUUAUUCAAGCGAUGAAAAGAGUUAAGGUAAUUAAUCCGUGCUUUUUGAUUGACGAAAUUGAUAAAAUUUCUUCUGAUUACCGCGGCGACCCCGCUUCCGCUUUGCUCCAAGUUUUAGACCCCAAUCAAAAUAAGGAAUUUAAGGAUGAUUACUUGGGACAAGAGGUUCCUUAUAAUUUAUCAGAAGUAAUGUUUUUGUGUACGGCUAAUACUCUCGAUUUACCCUUGCCAUUAUUGGAUCGAAUGGAGAUAAUUCGUUUGUCUUCUUAUACUGAAAUGGAAAAGUUUCACAUUGCAAAAGAACAUUUGCUUCCUGAGAAUUUAAAAAAGUAUAAUUUAAAUUCAGGAGAAAUAGUUUUUGAAGAUCAAACUAUUCGGGAUAUAAUAAAAUACUAUACUCGUGAAGCUGGAGUACGAGAACUUAACCGAAAAAUCCAAGUAAUUAUUCGUAAGUUUAUAGUUAGACUCCUCCAAAAUCUAGAAAAUAAAACGGUUAUUACCCCUGACAACUUGAAAGAUUAUUUAAAGAAAAGAAUUCACGAAUUUACUCCGAAGCAAAAAAACCCGAAAGUGGGGGUGGUUAAUGGCUUGGCGUGGACUGGAUAUGGCGGCGAUAUUUUACCUAUUGAGGUAAACUUAGUUACCGGAAAGGGUGAACUGGGAAGGUCAACCGGUAGUUUAGGGAAAGUAAUGAAAGAAUCCGUUGAAGUAGCUUUUAGUUACAUUCAGUCUUAUUUAGAAGAAAAUAAAAAAACUUUUAAAAAAGCACUGGCUUUGUUAAGAAAACGGGAUGUUAAUAUUCAUGCUCCAGAAGGAGCGGUAGAAAAAGAAGGACCGAGUGCCGGAAUUGCUUUAACCACCGCCAUUAUUUCUGCUUUGACUAACCAAAAGGUGCCAACUGAUAUUGGCAUGACCGGAGAAAUUACUUCUAAAGGAAAAGUGCUUGAAAUUGGUGGAUUAAAAGAAAAAGCUAUCGCGGCUUGCCGUAGUGAGUUGAAAACGAUUAUAAUUCCUAAAUCUAAUGAAAAAGACAUUGAAGAUAUUCCUGAAGAGGUUCGUCGGGAACUUAAAAUUCUUCCGGUUGAAGAAUAUGAAGAAGUUUGA